CUCUCAAACAAAUUAAACCCUAAUUCCUCGAGUCUUCCUCUUCCGCUUCCUCAAAUCGAACCCUAAUCUCCAUUUCUUCCCCAAAACUUCCUCAAAUCAAACCCUAAUUCCUCGAUUCGCGAAGCAAUUCGUCUGACCCUUCGUCUCUUCACUCUGUUUCCUGCAAAUCCGGAACAAGAUGACUGGUAAGCGAGGCCGGAAGAGAAGAAAUGCUCCCAACGCGUCUCAGAGAGCCGUUGGUUCCACCGCUGCAAACCGUAGACCUAAAAAUCUGCGCCUCGUCAGCGACGGCGUCCACAGCAAACGCCUCAACACCGACAGCCUCUUUCUCCGCAGCAGGAUCCUCCUCUGUCUCCACAGCAGGAUCCUCCUCCGUCUCCACAUCAGAACUCUGAGGCUCAGAGUCACGCGUUUGGCUGUUCCUCUCAAGGUAACAACUUCCAAAACGAAUUGCCGGAUCUCCAGGAGGAUACGCUUGAGGCUCUGACUGCUCUGCUUAUGGUGCCGGACCGUCAUCUGUUUACAACCGUUCUCUCUCCAACACCGUUGCCAGACACGACGUGGUUUGAUUGGGACGAGAAAUCAAUACUGGACUUGUUCAAGAGGCACAUGGUCGUGUUUGCAGUUGGAACUUCUUUAGCAUCUGUUGCUACUGCUUGGAUUGAUAUUCAAGUUCUUGAUUGUGAUGUCCGGAGAUUAAGUUGCCUAAAUGAUGCUUGCUUAAGAACUGUUUUGGCGUAUCUCGUCAAGUUCUUUGCUGUUUUAAUUUCAGCUCAUAUUGAUAUAGCCUUUGAUGCUUUGGUCUUAUGUGUGUUUGUAUUGUAGAGUUGGAUAAUAGAUCUUGUUGGCGUGUCAUCAUUUUCUUCCGGUAGAAAUAACCAUGAGGCAGUUUUUGGAGCAGAAAAAGCAUGAAAGAGUAAGACAAGGAAGAAGAAUUGAAAUCAAAAGAGUUAAUUAAGCCAAGUUCUUUCUUAAAAAUUGUUAUCUGCUUUGUGUUAAUUAUGUUUUUAGGAGGAUGAUGUAAUUUUAUUUUUAAUAAUGUUUU